CAUCACCAUCUUCAUCACUGUACUCUCUCUCUCUCUCCCCCUCUCUCUGUAAACAUGGCGAAAACCAUGCCUUCUCCCUCACUACUCAUAUUUCUCCUCCUCGCCACCGCCGUCUCUUACACUUCCUCCCACUCUCACUCGACCUCCGUAGACUCCUUCAUCUUCGCCGGCUGCACCCAACAGAAGUACUCCUCGGACUCUCCUUAUUCCUCCAACCUCCAGGCCUUACUCACCUCCCUCCUCAGCUCCGCCACCUACUCUUCUUACUCCAACUUCACCGUCCUCGGCUCCUCCGCCGUCUAUGGCCUGUACCAGUGCCGUGGCGACCUCUCCAUGCCCGACUGCUCUUCCUGCGUCUCCCACUCCCUCUCCCGUCUCUCCGCCCUUUGCCCCUCCACCUGUGGAGCCGCCGUCCAGCUCGACGGCUGCUUCGUCAGGUAUGAUAACGCCACCUUCGUCGGCGUCGAGGACAAGACCGUCGUUUUCAAGAAAUGCGGACCUUCCACAGGAAGUAGUAGCACUAGCAGCAGCAACGAUAUGGGAAGCACGGAGGCGGUGCUGGCUGGGUUGUCGGGUUCGGCUGGAUAUUUCAGGGUGGUUGGGUCGGGUAAUGUGCAGGGCGUGGCUCAGUGCAGCGGCGAUCUUGCGUUCGAUCAGUGCCGGGACUGUCUGUCGGAGGCAAUCCGACGGCUCAAAAGCGACUGUGGAAGUGCCAAUUACGGGGACAUGUUCUUGGGGAAAUGUUAUGCGAGAUACUCAGUUGGUGGGGCCCACGCCUAUGAACCCAAGGCCCACGGUAAAUCAAAGAAUGGAGGAGAAAAGACAUUUGUGAUUAUAAUUGGAUUAUUAGCAGGAUUAGCUGUCCUUGUUAUUUUCCUUGCUUUCUUAAAGAGCAUUUGCACAAGAGGACAUGGCAAGUAAAUAAAUAAUAACGGAAAGAAAAAAAAAAAGUUGUGUCAAACUCAGCAGCUUCGCACGUCUCCUGGUUCGCUUUACUUCUUUUUCUGCUUUGCUUUUUUGCCUCUCUAAUUUUGUAUCAUCGACUGAGCUUUUUUUUUUCUUUCCAUUUUUUCCUUUUAUUUAAGUUAUGUUUUAUACUUUUUAGCAUCCACAAUUUAAGAAUUCAAUUCAAAGGGCA